AUGUCGACUCUCCAUUCGCAGUCGACCUCACUUGCCUCGAAGGGCUCUCGGCUCCUCGAUGUCGACUCUACAUUUGCAGUCGGCUUCGCUUGCCUCGAGGGGCUCUUAGCUCCUCGAUGUCGACUCUCCAUUCCUCGAACUGGCCCUGAACUUGAUCAAGUCUCAUUUCUCAUGUUCUCAGCUGUCAUUCUUUCCUCAUUGGCAUCAACAGAAAGGAAAAGAAUGCACCCGGAAUAUUCAGACACCAAUCACCCGAAGAUAAUCAGCUACGUCCCCCAAAAGUUCAGCAGCGGCUCGUUAGUCCUGAAAACAAAGGCCCCUGCAAAAAACGACCAACCAAUUUGUAUUCAAGUACAACAAUCGAUACAUGAGAAGACAAACGCUACAUUUGGUAAAGCACAAAGACAAUUAACGAUACCAAGUGUUGGCAUCAACACGGACAAGGCAAGUAUUCCGGCGACCUUCAACGGUGCUCCGGCCACCAACAUAUCGUUGAUCUCGAUGUGUCCCGUCGUGAAGCCCACGAUGUUUGAUGGGGUGCUGGUCGGGAGGAGGAAAGCGAAUUGGGCCCCAAUAGCCCCUGGGACCAUGAGGAGGAGCGGGUGA